AUGCGAUUGCCAGCUACGAGCCGAGCACUGCGCGCAAGCAGUGGUCGUUGGUCAAUUGCCGCUCGACCAACCAUCAUCCCGCGCUCAAUUCCAAUCCCAUCGAGGCCGGCCCUCUCCCUCCGAGAAUGGAGCUCAACCACAAUCCGCCGUAUCCCAUCCACGGCAUCUCCCCAGAAAACUCAACAAUCGACCCUCAAGAUCGAGAAUGAGACCUACAAAACAGACGAAUGGACCAACACCCCCGACACAAUCCUGUCUCACGUCGGCCGCCGUCUCUACCUGGACGAAAACCACCCUCUCGCCAUAACCCGCAAGCUCAUUGAAAGCCAAUUCGCCGGUCCCGAAUUCGGCAAUUACUCCGAGAAGAACCCCGUCGUGUCAACAAAAAACAACUUCGAUGUCCUGGGCUUCCCAGAGGAUCACCCGGGCCGCAGUCGCACGGAUACAUACUACGUGAACGACAAGACGGUGCUGCGCACCCACACCAGUGCGCAUCAGCGCGCGUACUUCCAGCAAAUCGCCCGGAAUGAGCAGACACGUCCCGACGAAGUGGGAUACACCAUUAUCGCGGAUGUCUACCGCCGCGACGCCAUCGACCGCAGCCAUUACCCCGUUUUCCAUCAAAUGGAGGGCGCGAUGUUGUGGAAGCGGCCGGACAACAAUCCUCUUGCCGCGUCAAAGGAAACGGCCGCUAAGAUCAUGACCGAUCUACAGAAGAUUCCGAGCCAUGACGUUGUCGUGGAAGAUCCCAACCCGACAAUCCAUGACCAGCGCAACCCACUGCAGGAUAAGCACCACAGUGCCGAGGAGGUUGAGGCCGUGGCUGCGCACUUGAAGCGCUCCCUCGAGCGUAUGGUUAUCAAGAUCUUCACCGAAGCGAGCAAGGCUGCUAGCAAUGGUGGUGCUGAGGUGGAACCUUUGAAGGUUCGCUGGAUCGAGGCUUAUUUCCCUUUCACUAGCCCGUCGUGGGAACUCGAGGUUUUCUGGCAGGGUGACUGGCUUGAGAUCCUGGGUUGUGGUGUGAUCAAGCAGGAUCUGCUGAUCAAUUCGGACGUUCCGAAUCGAAUCGGAUGGGCGUUUGGUCUUGGUCUCGAGCGUAUUGGCAUGCUUCUUUUCAAUAUCCCGGACAUCAGACUAUUCUGGUCUCGGGACGAGCGGUUCUUGUCGCAGUUCCGCGCGGGCGAGAUCACGCGGUUCGAGCCUUUCUCGAAGCAUCCGGCGUGCUACAAGGAUGUUGCAUUCUGGUUGCCUCCUGCUGCUGUGACGGGCGGUAGCGCUGCUGGCGGGGCGGUGCCAUUCCAUGAGAACGAUGUUAUGGAGAUUGUUCGUGGAAUCGGUGGAGAUCUUGUUGAGGAUGUCACUCUCAUUGACGAGUUCACGCACCCCAAGACUGCACGUAAGAGCAUGUGCUACCGCAUCAACUACCGUAGCUUGGAGCGAACUUUGACCAAUGAGGAGUCCAAUGAGUUGAAUUUCAAGGUUCGGGAGAAGUUGGUUGAAGAGCUCGGUGUUGAGUUGAGGUAA